ACUUGCGCGAGUAAAUUGCCCAAAUCAUCAUCACAUAUCAAAUUGAUCAAUUAGCACCAGCUGGGAUUUUUUUUAUUGUAAUUGAGCUAGCGACUCGUCACCAGCUUCUAACUUCACCGUGCCAAUCUGUUGCGCAUGUUACACGUACUUCAACUUGAUAAACGACCAUUACCGUUGGUGUCUUCUGGAGCUGUAAGUUUGGAAUUUAUUUCUCGGGAAUAUUUCUGCCCUACAUUCUUGCACGAUCGGAACAGGGGUAUAAAUAAGGCAGCAGCUGAUCUUCUGAUGUCCAUAACAAAUUUGUGUUCUCAAGAAUGGCGAAGAUUUUUAUCCUAAUUUGUGUGGCGAUUGCCCUGAUCGGAAUAACUGGCGUACAGUCGUCGGAUGCGGUUGGAGGAACUCCAUGUGCUGCCAAGUGUCCUUCCGGAACAGAGAUUCAAUUUUGUCCCAAGAACGAAAAGUUCCAAUGCUGUGCCAGCCCAUGUGUUCAGCCCACGUGUGGACAGCGUGACACGUCGCACAUCCGGUGCAUCCGUUGUCCAGAUGAGUGUAUCUGCCGGAAGGGUUUUAUCCGCCUGGAAUUCGGAGGGCCGUGUGUACGGGAAUCGGAGUGCCCCGUUCCAACUGUUGCAGUUGAUAACGCCGCGAAUACAAACUCAACAAGUGAAUAAGCUAAAAUUGUGCUUAAAAAGCGUUUUCUUGCAAGUUUUAUUGAUUUGAGAGGUGCAUUAUUUGAAUGUUUCUAACUAAAAAAAUAUG